AUGGGAUACGGCAGAAGGCCUUACCGGCAGGAAGAGGUGUUUGUGGGUGUAGGGGGGUUUGACGAGGGGGGAGAGGAAGAAGUGUGUGUGGUAGAGAACGGGGCCGUUUCAUGUACCGUGAUUGGCAGCAGCAGCUCCAUUGGUAUCACCUUCAACAGCAGCCUGCCACAUCAGCACAGCCUGGCAGUGGAGUUUGACACGUCAUCAACUCGUCUGUUCCUGGACCCAACGGUGCAGCACGUGGGGAUCAACAUGGACUACAGCAUGGCGUCAGCAGGCCAUGCGUCCGUGCACCCCGCGGGCAUCCCCUCUCUGGCUGCCAAUGCCAACCAAACACUGCAUGCAUGGGUGGCAUACAACGCCACCGCCUCGCUGCUCUCCGUGCGCCUCUCCUCCUCGCCCGCCAUGCCCCCCUCCGCCCUCCUCUCCCUCCCCUUCAACGCCUGUGAUCUCUUUCACUCUGCUUCGGAGAACGGUGGGGACGGGGAGGCCGUGUUGGUGCAAGUGGGGUUUGCAGCGGGCACGGGGCUGCUGCCUCUGCACACGCAGAUGCACAACAUCCUCUCCUGGGCCUUCCAGGUCGACACCCAAGCGCCGGCUCCUCUACCGCUGUGGCAGCAGCCAUCGCUCUCCUUGCCCUUCUUCACGCAAGGUGCCCGCUUCACUGCCUGGGGAUCAACUCGCCACACCUUCUCCUCGCUGCAACUCACCCCGGGCAACGACGACGAGGAGACAGGCGCUGCCUUCUUCCCCCUCCCCCUGCCCCUGCUCUCGCUCCUCCCCCCUCCUCCCCCCCGCAAGGGGAAGAAUGGCGGAAAAACCGAUGCUGUGGUGUGCAAGGCUCGAUCCUUCACCUCGUGGUUUGCGUUUGAUCUCAACGGGAGAAUGACAAACGGGUUUGGGGUAGUCUUUGUGCUAAGUACUCGGCCAGGGGUGGGGCAAGGAGGGACGGGCAUGGGGUAUGGCCGGGACUCGCAAGGGAGGGAUGCGAAUGGGACGUGGGCGGAUGGAGCGAGGAGUGUGGCAGUGAUGUUUGAUGCCUACAGCGGCGUUGACCCUAACCAUGACAUUAACAAGGACGUGGCGAUUCUCUCCGUUCUCACUGACUUUAACGUGACUCAGCGCCUGAAUUCUUCGUCGCAGAAGAGAUACACUUCAUCCUCUUUGUUGUACAGCAUGAGGGUGGACUAUACGGCUGCCGCUAAGACACUGGAGGCAGUGACUUAUAACGGGGCACAGAGGAUGGGGGGUGUGAAGCUGACUCUUGACCUGUGCUCUGUGUUCUACGAUGCCAAUAGCAGCAGUGCAGGAGUGAUUCCGGUGUUUGCGGGAUUCAGCAGUGCCAGCACGAUUGCGUGUGUUCAGGCCAUCAAAGCGUGGACCUUCCGAUUCACAGACGUCAACCCAUGCACGGCAUGGGACGUGAAUCCAUGCGGUGCUGGCAGGUGCACUGCGGUGCGGUCAGCGACCACAGGCACAUACACCAGCACGUGCUCGUGCCCUCUCAGCCAGCCCAGCUACAAGCUCCCCCAAAUGCCCGCCUUCCAAUCGUGCUUCAAUGAGUUCCCCGCAUGUCGUCUUAACAGCACUGACACCUGUGCGCCGGGCGUGUGCCUGGAGGGCUAUGAUGCCACCUCCUUCUGCCUCUGCCCGCCCGCCUUCUUCCCCCUCGACUACUCUAACCCCCUCAAGCAACCCUGUAACCAAGUGAGCAAUUCCGCUGCUCGAGUGCCAUUCUUCCCAGCACCCCCCGGCCUCACAUGCCCUCUGCUGCUAGACAUAUUUGACCUCUCACCUCAAGAGCUGCUCGAGAGUAACAAGGGCAUGGCAUGUGAAAAACCCAUACCGCGUGGGUUGAUAGUCAACGUGUCGGCUUCUGCCAACAAGAGCUGCAGCAGCAUGUGCAGCAGCAACCAGGUGAGGCAUGUGCAGCAGCAACCAGGUGAGGCAUGUGCAGCAGCAACCAGCACCAACCAGGUGAGGCAUGUGCAGCAGCAACCAGGUGAGGCAUGUGCAGCAGCAACCAGCACCAAGACGCGCACCUACCCCGUGGCGGCGUGCAUGGCGCACAAGGCUCUCGAGUCCGACCUGCACACGUGCCAGCAGACCGCCACGUUCGGCAACGGGCGGAGCCGCAUGGGCUACUCCAAGAUCUUCCGCAUCAACCCCGCUCUCUACUGCGACCACAUGCUGCCCGGUGCUGCUGGGUGGGACGACUCUGUUCUCGACACGGUGCGCACUUCUGAAUUGCACCUGAAAGUUUAG